UUGGUCGACACACUCGCGUGUUCUCUGAGCGCUCUAUCUGCCUAUUUCUUUGGUCUGAGAGCUCGUAACACAAAUAAACCUAACCUCAACUUACCAUUUUUGUAAACAAUAAGAAAAUGUCAAAAUAAUAUUUUGUUGUGUAAAUAAAUUGCAAUAUAUGUGAUUUAGAAGCUUAAUAUACCUUAAAACCUGCAGGUGGUGAUAAUAAAUGAAUGAAAACAUGUUAAAUAUCAAGGUGAAACUCCGAAAUGUUCUCCAUAGCGGCCAAUUUUGCGGUAUUUGUUUGGAAAACGAUGAUAACAACAAUAUGAGCACCAUUGACGAAGUUAUAGAAAUUAUUGUGAAUCAACAAGUUCGCACUAAUCCUUUAAGUGCCAUGAUUAAUGUGGUAUUCAAACAGGGAGAAAACUUCUUGGCGCACACACAGAUAUGCAACAGUUGCACAGAAAAACUAAUACAGGCAUAUAUUUUCAUAGAAAAUGCUAAAGAAACAUUCAAGAUUAUUGACAACUAUGUAAAUUAUUUGAUCAAGAAAUCAGAUGAAAUCUACCAGCAUUUGCCUGACUCACAAAUUGAAAGUAGUAAUGUAGUUAUAGUUUUAGACAAUAUUCUUGAGCCAACUGCAGAAAAGGAGAAAAUAGAUUAUUUAAAACAUGAAACCGAUAAAGUUACUCAAGAGAAGAAUGAAUUUCUUGAAGUUAAAAAAGAAACACAUAAACCAAAAUGUUCCAAAUUCAAAUGUACAAAAUGUCUUGAAAAACUACCUUCAUAUAGAGCAUUGAAACUACAUAGAUACACAUGUAUGAAACAGAAAAUAGAAUGCAAAAUAUGUUUCAAAAGAUUUAGAAAUCAGCAAUAUUUAAAUUCACAUUACAAAGUGCAUGCUAGUUUGAGAUGCAAGAUUUGUCAUGAAAUUCUCCAUGAAGAAGAAUUACUCGAACACCUUAAAGCAAAACAUAUUGAUUCUUUACAUACUUGUUCUCAAUGUAAUGAAGUAUUUUAUACAUUAAACACUUUACAAAUGCAUGAAAAAAUCUGCCACAAAAUCAAAGGAGAAAACCCGCACUGCUUAAUGUGUCUUAAAACUUUUACUGAAGAAGAAUUGAAGGUACAUAGUUGCAAAUAUAACUGCCCGGAAUGUUCUGAAGUACCGUGCAUGCAUUAUAAGUAUCUGAUGUUUUAUAGAGAUCAGAUAUUAAACCAUGCAGGUAAAGUGAAGUGUUUGGAUUGUGAUUAUGUCUGUAAAAGGAAGGAGAUUUUACUCGGACAUGUAAACCGAGAACAUUUGGACCAUCAUCCAUUCACUUGUGAUAAAUGUGGACAACAGUUUUAUUCUAAAAUCGUUCUAACAUCUCAUAUUCAUAAAUUUCAUGAGGAUUAUUUUGUAUGCAGAUUCUGUGAUUCAGAAUUCAGCAAUAUUAACACAUACACAGAGCAUGUGCAAGUUUGUGAGGAUAUAGAAAGGAGUUUCGUUUGUGACGAGUGUCCAGCCUCCUUUGAUUCAUCAGAUAAUCUCACAAAGCAUAUAAAACGUAGACAUAGUACUGAUGUUUUCCCAUGUGGAUUAUGCAACAAAAAGUUUCUCAAAGAUUCUAAGAGAAAGGAACAUAUGGUCAAGGUUCAUAGUGGCCUACAAAGUAAGAACAAAGUUAUUAAUGUGCAAUGUGUUGUGUGUCAAGAGAUCUUUGAUACUAAAGGGGAAUUAGUACAACACAUGAGGUCUCAUGGACCGAACACAACCUACCCUUGUAGAAUAUGCAAUACUGAGUAUGAAACCUUAAGACAGUUUAGAGCACACUACCGCAAACACAACGGACCAUUUGCCACUUGCCACAUCUGCGGUAAAGAGAUGAGAGAAAUUCUUCUCAAAAAACAUCUAACUACCCACACAAAUUCUAUAGAGACCUGCGAAACUUGUGGCAGGUCAUUUCAAAACGUAGCUUUGUUAAAAUCUCAUCAAAAAGUACAUUUGGAAAAUGUACCAUGUCCUAAAUGUAAUAAGAUGAUCAACCCAGCUAGAUUGCGCAGGCAUUGGAGAAGGCAUUUAAUGGAGGAGAAUCCUGGGAAUACAGGAAUUAAAAAACAGCAGCCAAACUUGAAAUGCGAGCAAUGUGACUACAAAACUUGGAACAACACACUGUUAGAAUGCCAUAUGAAUCGUCACCACUUAAAAAUUAAGCCUUACGUGUGCCAUAUAUGCAGCAAAGAUUUCAUAGGCAAACACUUACUGAAGAAACAUAUAGAAACACAUAACAUGAAAAGCGUUAUGUGCAUGGUCUGUCUAAAGAGUUUUGCUAACUCUGCUUGCUUGAAAAUGCAUUUACGCUUGCAUACUGGUGAGAAACCUUUUACUUGUGAAAUUUGUGGAGACCGGUUCCGAUCUUCGAGUAUUAUGAAUGUUCAUAAGUUAAAAAAACAUUCGGAUAAAAGUAAUAGUUGUCCGUUAUGUUCGAAUAAGUUUCAUACAGUGAGAGAUUUAAGGAGACAUGUGAUUAAAGUGCAUUGGAAGCAGAAAGAUAAAAGAUUUGACCCUCGGGAGAUGAAAGGGUUGGAUAAAGAACAUUAUCAUUUGUUUCAUGAUGGGAGGAGAGUUAAAGUUGCUGAGGAAGAUGUUGAUAUUUAUAUGCCUUGUUCAUUGUGAGAAAUAUAAUAUGUAUGUUGUUUGAA